CACAAGUAUGGAAAAGGUCGACCGUUUAACAGAGUUGCCUGAAUCUAUCAUCCAUCACAUCAUUUCCUUCUUGCCUCUCACUGACGCCACCAAAACCACCAUCUUGUCUUCAAAAUUUAGGUCGCUAUGGUAUUCCUUCCCUUUCAUCUGCUUCAAUGAGAGCCGCCAGACAGGUAUGCACAGACUCCACAAAAGGUCUAAGAGAAUAGAUAUUUUCUUGAGGUAUGUGCAUGAUUUUCUCCGUCUUCGUGAACCCAAUGUUGCUUUAGAGCGAUUUACGUUUCGUGUUGGUUUAGAUUCUGAAUUUCAUGAAAAAUCAGACCACCGCAUUGAUUCGGCUAUUGGUUAUGCGUUAGAGAAUCAUGUCAAAGAACUUGAUCUUGAUGUUGUUGGAGAUGAUCCUCAUUAUAUAUCUUAUUAUCGUUUGCCGUCGGCUGUGUUUUCUGCCAAAUCAAUCGCUCUUUUGAAGUUGAAAGGGUUCUUAUUAGAGCCCCAGGAUUUGAUAUUGACCAGCAGUUUCAUGGAGGAUUUGACUAUUGAGAGAUGCAGCGGGAUGAAAACCCUCCAGCUUUCAUGCGAUAAACUCAUGCAUAUGAAUAUUAAAUCUUGUAAUGGGCUUGAGAACAUAGAUGUGGCUGCUCCAAAUAUGUUGUCUUUCUCGUUUGAUGGGGAAUUAGGGUUUUCUGAGAUCACUUUUUCUGCAUGCAAAUCACUCAAGCAUUUGUCAUUAGAGAAUACUCAGAUUUCAGAUGCAUGUCUUAUGUGCGGAGUUUCAAGGCUUCUUAUGCUUGAGACCUUGAAACUCCGGCAAUGUUACUCGCUGGAAAACUUGUCCCUUCACAGCCCUCAACUUAAGACAAUAGCGGUAGAAAGGUGUUUGAGCGUAAAAAAGCUUGAGGUCGUUGCCCCUAACCUUGAAUCGUUUGUGUGCAACACUGGGGAAUACAAGAAAUGCAUCAUCAAAAUUGAAGCUUGCAAACUUCUUAGGAAGAUAGCAUUGGAGAAAGUUGAGAUAACAAACCAAUGGAUUGAAAGUACUGUCUCUGAUGAAUUGGCUUUGCUCGAAGAUGUGAAGUUAUUUGACUGCAACAUCCGAGGAGAUUUUAAGAUUUGUCAUGAGAAGCUGAAAAGCUUUCAGCUACUCUAUUGUCAAGUGGAAGAAGCUGAAAUCGACGCAAGAAAUCUAAUUUCAUUAGUGUGUAGUGUUGGAGCAUUGCAGCCUAAACGUCUAGCGCUUCAUUCCCCACAAGCAGAUGUUAAGCUUUUCUUGGAAAGUACAGAUGCCACCACUAAUUGGUUUUUGAGAUUGAGAGAUGUUCUUGCAUCCAUGGGCCAUUGCAGAGAACUCAAGCUCAUCUGCAGUUCUGAGAAGCUUCUGAUGGUUCCUGAAGAUUUAAGGGAAAGUUUACUUUCUCCAUUGUAUGAUCUGAAACGUCUGAAAGUGGAAAUCAUCAAUAAGCCAAAAGGGCAACUCGUGGACUUGAUAAGUAGUUUGCUUUGGCUUGCUCCUCAUCCAAACUUUAUAUCCAUUCUUUUGGAUUCCAGAGAAAAAAUCCUGAAGUUGCAAUAUUCUGUGCGAUUGAUUCCUGAUGAAAAUCAAUUUUGCUGCCAGACAAUGCCUAUAAAGUGCUGGCGCCAUUACUUGAAAGAACUUACAAUGGAAAACUUUGAGACUAGUGAAAGGAACAGUGUGCUGAAGUACAUAACCAAAAAUGCGAUGCGAUUGGAGGCAACCUACGACCAGUAAUGCCUACAAAAUAAGGAAGCUUUGGUUUGCAAUGAAGUUUCUGAUGAUCAAUUUAUGUUUUUUAGGAGCAGAUUUAAUUUCUCUUAUUGGUGAUUCAGUUAAGGUUCAAUUAGUCUCCAGGAUUACAGUUGGGAAUAGAUAAGAGCACAGAUGAUUUGCUACUGUGAUUAUUUUUUGUUAUUAUUGCUGAGAAUGCUAGUAAUGAACACCCAGUAGCCCAUAAAAGUCUUUUAGAUUAUUGGUUACCUUGCUAAUGAGAUAAAAUAAAAGGUUGCUCAAAUUGAUGUAUACAUGAUGUGGCUUUUCGGAGAUAUUAGAACGGAAUUAUGGUGGUUAAAAAUGUUAAAAAGCCAUGAAAUAUUGGUACACAGGGAGGUUUCUCUUGUCUUGUUUAGAUCAUUAGGUUGCUUUGACAACCACAUUAUCCUUGUAACUACCUAGCUGAUUAGUUCUAUAGAUGUCGCCUCAGCGCCUGUAAUUUCAC